AUGGACGGAUCAACAGGCGUCAUCCACUCCAGCACACAGACCCGAUCACAGGCUACAUAUCAUCGAAUCUGAAAACACGCCUCAGUAAUGCUGAGAGGUUUCCCUGCACCGCCCCAACCAUUAAUAUGGACCAACACCGUGAACUGAUGGACUUCUUACCAAAGGAUUAUCAGUACCAUGUAUGCAGGUACACAGCUGUGAGCCAACCUGACGCUGACCAUACUAGUUUUGAGGCCACAGUACGCAUGUCGCUCCAGACGAAGGAAGAGAUCCUGGUGUGGCUGAAGUGCAUGGCAGUCACAUGGAGAGUGGCCUACACCAGGCCCACUAAAGGCCAGAAGAUCAUCUUCAAGGCAGACUACCGGUGCCAGCAUAACACAAAGCCCAGGGAAACAACACCAAAGACUGGCAGAGUGUCCAAAAAUACAGACUGUCCUGCUAAACUCAAAGUUACCCUUGUACGCACUGAGGUCUCCCAUGGGCAACGGAGCAGAAGCACAGAUCCUCACAUACCCCACUACCCGACACUCGUGGAUAUCAGUAAUAUUCACAAUCACAACAUACACGUGGUGGAUGCUGUGCUUGAAUGUGCCGAAAUACCAGACGCUGAUCAAUCGUGGUGCGGACCAACCAUUGCAGCCAUUGAGGAGCUUGGUAGUACUGAAACAUCUGAGGUUGCCCAAGACGAGCAGUGGGACUCAAUGAUCAAGGAGUUUUCGGCCAUGGUGCAGAGCAAUGAAGGAUUUCAAGGAGCAGCUUCCGCCUUCGUGAAGACCUUCCACAGACUGAAGGGGAACCCCUCCAUGCUGCAGUCGGCGAUGCGCAUGUUUGGCCACUAUGACGGCAGCAGUUUGGUGUCAAAGAGAGCUCUCCAACGGGCAGCUAACUGUGCUGGGUCAAGUAUAGCCACACAGCCCUCCUCUGUUACCCGUCGAAAAGUCAAGCUCGGGGGGGUACGCCGAGUCUCAGUAGGAAGGCCAACAAAAAAUGUUGCAACCAUGGACCAUCGCUACAGCUACCCUAAAGGAGGGCCUUCAGACACUGACAGUUUGCCUCAGCAGUAGAGGCGUGUCGCAGCAAUCUAAAAUAAUUAACGCUCCACCACCAACGUGCCCCUCACCUUCCCCCUUUUCCUCUCUCGAAAGAGGCUGGACACUCCACCACCACACCCCUCACCUCCCCCCUUUUCAUAUAGUUGUUUGUCUAUAGUAAAUUGUAUAUAGAUGCUUUUAAAGACUAACGCUCAGCAACAGUGUUGCUGCCUAUGAUUGUUUGUACAAAUAUCUGAUGUUAAAGUCUAUAGUCCCUCUGAUAAAGCUAUACAAAGUGAGUGCCGUUGUAAAGUACAUCUCAAAUGAAGAUUUUUUAAAGACUUGCCUUUUCCAAUAUUUUUUUAACUUUCACAAUUACUUCUGUUUCUUAAUAUAUAAGUGAAUCGUUAUUAUAAUAUGUAAAGUGCUUCGAAUUCUCCAAAUAAAUGCGGGAUGAAUAACAUCUUAUCACCAUCAUCAUUCUGGCCUUAAUUUCUAUUACAGAAUUAGUGUUCAGUUG